CACUCCUCUCUCUCUCUCUCUCUCUCUCUCUCUCUAAGAAUAAAAAUCCAUGGAAACUUCAGGAAAUAAAGAGGAAAAACCAUGUCAGUGUAAGCAAGAAGACGAAGAACAAGAACAUGCACUUCAACAAACUCUCGUAGAAGAAGAAGAAGAGGAAGAAGAAGCGCUGUCUCUUCGAGACCUUCCCCUCAACUCCGACCAAACCUCCGCCACCGCCACGUCAGCAUCCGACCAUCAAGAUCCGGUGUCGGAGCUUUUCGAGUUCCUCGGUUUCGCCACGUGCGACGUAUCUCCGGCGGAAAACAUCAUUUUCCGCGGCAAACUCAUUCCCUUGAAUGACCAGAAUAACCUCCGUCCCGACAACAGCCGCGAAGUCCGUACGAACCCUAGCCCUCGUAUUCGCGUACGGUCCGAGUCAUUAUCCGCGUUACAGGGCGAUAAGCUCAGCCGGUCGAGUAGCGUACCACGAGUCAUCAGAAACUGCCGUUCUUUGGAUUGCCGCAAGCUUACUUGCGUCACAAGCAACGAGAAAUUCUCCACACUAGAACAUGAUCGCAAGUUUCCGGAGAAGGGUUCCCCGCCGGAAAUGCCCAAGUUUGCGGCAGCUCCGGCGAAGAAUUCUGAAACGGGGUCGUUUGGUGGGAAAACUAUUAGGCCGAGAUGGUACGUGUUCAUGUUUGGAAUGGUUAAGUUCCCACCGGCGAUUGAGCUAAGGGACAUCAAGAUUCGUCAGACUCGCCGGAAUAUUCCUCCGGUGAUGUUUCCGUCUUCCGGAGAUCGGAUCUCCGGCAAGUCUUCGCCGUCUUCGGCAUCGUCUUGGAGGUUUCUCAAGGCUUUGAGCUGCAAGGAGCCCACGAGCGCAGCUGCAACCGCGCCGUUUUGGGUGCCUAAUGCGUGAAGUGAAGUGAAACGGCGUCUCUUCUUAAGUUAAAUUACUGAAGUACCCUCUCUGUUCCACAUCCAAGAGAAGGAUACGAUUGUCAUUGCACUUAGUUAUAUAUAUAUAUAUAUAUGUUGAUGGAAAAGUUGCAGAUUUUUUGUCGGACGAAGAAUUCUAAUAUCUCAAAAGAAUUUGAUAGUUUAAGACUGUGA